UUCAGCAAAAACACCUUAUAUAUGAGUUCCCUUAUUGUGCUCACUAGCCAUCUGCAGAAAAUUGAGAGAACAUUAAAUUUGUAUGAUGGAUGCCCUGUAUGCUAAGUUAUUCAACCCUACCUAUCACCUCAAUAAUUCUCACUAUUUGCUCCUCUUGUUGUUGGCGUCCUUAUAUCUAGACACUGCUAAAGUCUGCUUGGGUGAUGGACUUCCGGGCACUACUGUGAAGUUGUGCAUGGAUGAAGAGAGGCGUGCGCUUCUCAACAUCAAGCAAGAUCUCACCGAUCCCUCUGGCAGGCUUUCUUCUUGGGUGGGCAAUGAUUGUUGUCAAUGGGAAGGGAUUUCAUGCAACUACCGCACAGGUCAUGUUGCGAAGCUGGACCUCCGGAAUAAGCAUGAGCCAAAUCCCACUGGUGAUGAUGAAAACUGGGACGAGCUUGCUUAUGAACGUUCGUGCUUAGGUGGUAAGAUAAAUCCUUCUUUGCUUACCUUGAAACAUUUAAAUUACCUAGAUCUAAGCUCCAACAAUUUUCAAGGUAUUCAAAUUCCUGAGUUCUUUGGACGGCUUGAAAGUUUGAGGUAUCUCAAUAUCUCAUCUGCGUCGUUUGGGGGGGAGAUUCCUUCUUCCCUUGGUAACUUGUCAUACCUGAACUAUCUUGACCUUCGUUCUGAUGUCUCCUUAUUGGAAAUACCUUCCAGAAACUUGAAUUGGCUUUCUCAUCUCUCUUCCCUGAAAUACCUUAACCUCGGAGGCAUCGACCUUGGUGGCUCAAAAGUAAGUUGGAUGCAUGCUGUUAACAUGCUUCCAUCCUUACUAGAGUUGCACUUAUCUUCAUGUCAUAUUGUAAUUGAAAGCCUUCCACUCUCACUGCAAAGGAUCAACUUCACAUCACUUUUGGUCCUUGAUUUGUCAUGGAACCAUAUAAAUAGUUCUUCAUUUCCCAAAUGGCUUUUUAAUCUUACUAGCCUUAGAAAACUUGAUCUAAGCUUGAAUUCCUUCAGUGGUCCCUUUCCAAUUGAACUUGCAAACCUCAAAUCUCUAGAAUAUCUUGAUUUAUCUGACAUGGGAUUUAAAGGUCUCAUUCCCAAAGGCAUUGGAAAUAUGUGCAAGCUAAAGAUCUUAAAUCUUUUUGGGAACAUACUUGAUGGGGGGAUAGAAGAGUUUUUGAGGAGUUUCUCAGAUUGUCCGAAUAAUACAUUAGAGUCACUGGAUUUGUCUUUUAAUUUGUUCACGAGCCAAUUGCCGGCCUCCCUAGGAAUAUUAAAAAAUCUGCGAUAUCUUAACCUUGGGAACAACUACUUUUGGGGCUCAAUUCCUAAAUCUAUUGGAAACUUGUCGUUGUUGAAAACAUUGGACCUGUCUUAUAAUCAUAUGAACGGGUCCAUUCCAGAAAGUUUGGGACAACUCUCCGAGCUAGUUGAUCUUUAUCUGAGUGCAAAUUCAUGGGCAGGCAUGCUAACAGAAUCCCAUAUGUUAAAUCUCACCAGAUUAAAAUAUAUUUCGAUAUACAGCGAGGAACCUAUGUCCCUCAUUUUCAACGUGUCUUCUGAGUGGGUUCCUCCUUUCAAGCUCCACACAAUUCUGAUUAACAACUGUCGAGUAGGCCCUGCCUUUUCUGUUUGGCUUCAGUCUCAAACUGAGCUCAUUGAUGUCACCAUUAGUAGAGCCGGAUUCUCAGAUUCCAUACCAGAGGAGUGGUUCAUGAAGAUAUCUUCACAAGUUAAAUCUCUGGAUUUAUCUUACAACCAAUUCAAGGGAAGGCUUCCAUUCCAACUGAAGUUUCCAGAGUUGCAAUCUAUAAAUUUGGGUCAUAACCAGUUUGAUGGUCUACUACCACUUUGGUCAACUAAUGCGACCGUCAUUGAUCUUGAAAGCAAUUUGUUAUCCGGGAAAAUUCCCUCAAACAUUGACGAAUUGAUGCCCAAUUUGCGACAAUUGUGUCUUUCGGAGAAUCAUUUGACAGGUAUUAUUCCACCCUCUGUAUGCAAAAUCCACGAACUGAUGGUCCUGUCGCUAAGAAGAAAUCGGUUAUAUGGAGAAUUCCCUCAUGAAUGGAGUUUGUGGAGCACAAUAACUGUUGUCGAUGUUGCAUACAACAAUCUCUCUGGUAAUAUUCCGACUUCAGUGGGUAUCCCAAGGUCUCUUCAAGUUUUAAAGAUGAACAACAACAAGUUCACCGGCGAAAUUCCUUUUUCCUUGAACAAUUGUUCUACUUUGAGGAGACUUGAUCUGGGAGGCAACAAAUUCACGGGAAACCUGCCUUUAUGGAUUGGAUCAAAUGUAUCAACAUUGCAACUGUUACAAUUGGGAUCCAACCGUUUGAGCGGACAGAUUCCCCAACAAUUCUGCAGCCUCAUCUACCUUCACAUCCUCGACCUUGAUCACAACAACAUUUCAGGUAGCAUUCCAAAGUGUUUGAAUAACAUGACUUCUCUAGUGGAUUCUGCUUCUCUAGGCACUAAUGAUUCCAGUGAAUGGUACCUCUAUCGAUAUAUAUACGAUGCGCAAACAACAGUCACAUCAAAAGGGAGAGAACUCGACUAUGGACGCAGCCAAAUGCAAUAUGUGAAGAGCGUUGAUCUUUCGUCAAAUAAUUUACAAGGCGAAAUCCCUGAAGAAGUAUGCAAUCUCAUUGAAUUGGGCACCUUGAACUUGUUGAUGAACCAAUUAAGUGGAAAGAUUCCCUCGAAGAUUGGAAACUUGCGUUUGCUGGAAACUCUUGAUCUCUCGCUCAACCACCUUUCGGGACAGAUUCCUCAAAGCCUUUCUUCUCUUACCUUCCUGUCUCACUUGAACUUGUCCUACAACAACUUGACAGGAAGAAUUCCUACAGGCAACCAACUCCAAACGCUGGUUGACAAAUCCAUUUAUGAGGGAAAUCCAGCAUUGUGCGGCGCUCCUCUUUCAACUGCUUGCCCCGGGGAUGAGACGCCUACAAGACAACCUUUGCCUGUAGAAGACAACACAGAUAAAGAAGAAAGGCUUUGGUUGUAUGUCAGUGUGAUACUCGGCUUUGUCGUAGGCUUCUGGGGAGUUUGUGGCACUUUAAUAAUAAAGAAGUCAUGGAGGUAUGCCUAUUUUAGAUUCUUCGACAACAUCAAAGACAAGGCAGCCCUAGCAAUUGCACUCAAAGCGGCUCGUUGGAGAAGGAGGUGGGAAAAAUAAAAUGAAAUGUUGGUAGUAAUCGAUGCCUAGCUGUUAUUGUAAUGUAAUGUAUGAUACUACUAUGCAAAAAAAUAAAUCAUGGACUUCCGAUA